AUGCGACUUCGCAAACGUCCGCUGACCAGGGCAUUGACUUGUAUCAAGUCCGAAGACGCGCGAAAUGAGCGCUUAGGAAAGGCUGCAGGUGAGAUAAAUGAAAAACCUGCGCCAGAAGACAGCGAUGCUAGCCCCAGCGUGAGGCAGGUUUACCAAGCACUCGUACAGACGUACGGCGAACGCAACCGACGUCCAACCGGGCGAAGCGUUCUUGAGGCUCUCGUUCGUACGAUCCUCUCCCAGAAUACCACGGAUAAGUUGUCAGGAGCUGCGUAUCGGGCGCUUCGGUCUCGUUAUAAGGACUGGGCGGACGUGCUGCAUGCACCUGUCGGGGAGAUUGAGGAAACCAUUCGGAUCGGAGGCCUUGCACGAACGAAGGCUCAACACAUACAAGAUAUUCUGCGCGAACUUGAGCACAAUGCAGCAACGACAGGCACCGACACUGACUGGACACAGGGUCUGGAGUUUCUCCGCAAUGUACCCACCGCGCAAGUCAUGGAAUACUUGACCCGCUACCCAGGUGUCGGUCCAAAAACUGCCGCAUGCGUGGCGAUGUUCACCCUCGAACGCGAUGAUAGUUUUCCUGUGGAUACGCAUAUCUUUAGACUGGCGAAGCGGCUCGGAUGGGUACCGAAUGGGCAUACCCGGGAACAGGCUCAAGUAGAUUUAGAGAAUCUGAUACCAAGCACUCUCCACUACCCGAUGCAUAUUCUGAUGAUUGAGCAUGGGCGCAAGGUUUGCACUGCUCGGGGACCGCGAUGCCAGCACUGUAAACUAGCAGGUCUGGGCUGCCCGAGUGCCACGCAAGAUACAGAAUCGACGCCCGUCUGA